GUUGGAGGGCAGCAGCCGGCAAGUGGGAGGAGGGGCUGAGCCCCGGUCCCCUGCUGCCGCCGCCUGCCCUGCGCGACGCGUGGCUCCGGCGAGUCCCGGGGCGGUGGAUGCUGCGGUGCCAUCGCCCUAGGGUUGCUGUGCCAGUCUGCAGCGGAGGGGCUUUCACAGCCUCUUUUGUUUGGUUUUUUUGUUUUGGUUAUAUAUAUUUGUUCUUGUUUCUUUCUCCCCCAGUCCGUCCAACUUUCCUUAGGAAACAAGCAAACAAACCCCAGAACACCAAAACUUUUUUACUUUUUCCCCCCUCUCGCAAGAGCCACGCCGUGGAAAGACGAGGUGGUGGAGGAGGGAGAAACCCCUCCCCUUCCCCUCCCCCGUGGCUUCUUCCUCGGAAAAGAAACACUUGGGGGGUUUCCUCCGCUCCUUUCCCCUCCGCUCUUCUCCCCGAAGUGGCCGUCGCGGCGCUCGCUCCGCAGCCGAGGAGGGCCCGACGGGCAGCCGCACCGCCUCCGAGGAUGGAUCUCCUUGUAAGUAAAGCUUUGCAAACACUGAGAAGUGCUGCAUAGGAGCUCUUGAAUUUGGACCACUUCCAGGCCUGAUGUCCAGAAACUCAUCCCUAUGGGUGGUGACAAUAAAGAGGCUGGAUGCAAAGGAGGAAGCAUGGUAAAGGCAGCAUCUUUCCAGGGUCCAUGGGCUCUUUGAGAGAUGAUCAGAGGGAGGCCAGAUGAGCUGCACAACACGCACGCCGCUGUUCCUGGUCCGCAAAGGUCGCAUCGCAGCGUUCUCUCCGGCUCCGCGCCGCCCGCCUUGCCCCAUCGCUUCCGGAUGUUUCGCAGCUGCGAGUGGGAGGUCCUGGAGCGGUCCCUCACUAUCCUUCAGGCCAGUGACUUCUACUGGGGCCCCUUGUCCGUGGGGGAGGCUCACGCCAAGCUCCAGCGGGAGCCCGUCGGCACCUACUUGGUGCGGGACAGUUCCCAGGGCAACUGCUUGUUCAGCCUGAGCGUGCGGAUGCCGGCGGGGCCUGUCAGCCUCCGAAUCUCCUUCCAGGAGGGCUAUUUCCGCCUGAAGAACUGGUUUGCAGACUGCGUGGUCCGGCUGCUGGAGCUGGUGGUGGCAGGAACCCGGAACAACCCCUUGCACUUCGAUGAGAUGGGGGGAACUCCCCUAGUCUUCUCUGAGCCCCUGUGCCGGAGCCGCCGGGCAGUGCCCACGCUGCGAGAACUGUGUUGCCGGAGUCUGCCCACCGGUGCUGCACCUGCAGGGGAUGGAGCAGGAAUAGGGGGCUCCAUGGGGAUGUGCCCAAGGGAGGAAUUAGUCUCACCCCUGGGCAGAAGGGGAGGGUCAGAGGGGAAUGCUGUCCCCAGCCUCUCUCUGUCCUGGACUGGUAGAUGAUGCUGUGUACAUGGCAGACACAAGGAGGUGCCAGUUACGUGGCUGCGCUGGUGGGAUGCAUGCCUCGCUGGUGAGGCUGGACUGGCUGCUGGGAGAAGCUGGGGAGAGCAGGGGAAGCAGGUCUUGAACCUGCUGUCUGUGACAGCUGUGUCCUCAUACGUGCGCAGCAUGUGUGGCCUUCCCCACAGAUGCCUGGGGUGAAGCCAGACCUGCACUUUGUUCCAUUUGUAAUUUAUAAGCUUGAGAAGGUGGUGAGCUGCCUGUCUUCAGCCCUGUGUUUCCCUCUACUCCGAAGUGCCUCAGCUCAUUUCUGCUAUAAAUCUGCCAUCAUGAAGUGGGGUGGCUAAGCCCAGUCCUACAGCAGUGCAGCUUGAGUGCUGGUGGCCACGACUCCUGUGCUGACCCCCACAUAGCAGCACCAGAGUGAGGGCAUGUUUCGCUCCUUGUAACGCAGAUGCAACACUGCCACUUCAGAAGGCAUUUGCACGAGAGAAAAACCGUUGCAGCCAUGCAGCUUCACUGCCUUUUGCAUUGCUUUGUUCGAACAGAUGCUUUGGGAGUCCAGAUGAGUUGCGUUAUACUGAGGGCCUGGUAUGCCUGUGGAGGAGGUAAGCCUGGUCUAGAGAGUCGCGUUUGCCCUGGGAGGACGCCAAAAGAUGGGAUUCCAGCACCCUUUCUUAUGCUCAUCUGGUAGUGUGCUGCUGCCACCUACAGACAUUUUGGGUUUGCCUCAAAAAAAGCAAACCUUUUUUUUUUUUUUUUUUACAUAAAACUUAAAAAACCAACAAAAACCCCCAACAAACAUGUUUUUAUACUUAUUUUUAAAAGUCAGUAAAUAAAUGCCAUCUUUUAAUUCC